AUGAAUCAAACCAUUCCAUCAACUCUCCGACGAUCGUCGUUGGCAGCAGCAAUUCAUGGUAAAAAUUGGUUUUUUAACAACUUGUUGUGUGAUACAAAUAUUCGGAAUUAUAAUAUGCAAACAAAGAGUAAUUCUAAAAUAUUAUUUAACAUUCAUUCCAAUUGUUUUCAAGUACGAAAUAUAACCUCUAAUUUUUGGAGUAAAAUUGGUGACAAUUUACAAAAUCAAAUCACAGAAUGGAUUUCUGCAAUUCAAAAAGAAGAUCAACAAUUUUCACAACCACAACCCUUGCUUCUUCCUUUAAACAUUGAAAAUCAAACACUUGCUCAACGAAAAGAUCCAACAAAUCAAGAAGUCACUGUUUAUAUUAAGGAUUUUUGGCUUCUCAUACUUCAACUUCAAAUCUGUUAA